AUAAAUUCAUAUUUAUCUUUCUUUACAUUUUAACAAUGAGUCAUUCUAAAACAAUAGGAUUUUAUGAAAUAAAAGAAAAGCUUGGAAAAGGUUCCUUUGCUGUUGUUUAUAAAGCAAAGCAUAAGAUUGUAGCUAUUAAAGCAAUCAGUCAAAAGAAAGUAAAUAAGAAUCAAUUACGUUACAUUGAAAUGGAAAUCAACAUUAUGAGAUCAAUUCAACAUCCUUAUAUUAUUGGUUAUGAUGACUAUAUUAGAACAGACAGCCAUGCAUAUCUUAUUAUGGAAUAUUGUUCAAUGGGAGACAUGCAUGACUUAAUAAAGGAAACCUAUCAAUGUCGUGGUAUGUCUGAAGAUGUUAUUCUUCAUUUUUUAAAGCAAUUUGCUUCUGCUUUAAAAUAUUUGCAUGACCAUGACUUAAUUCAUCGUGAUAUUAAACCCAAGAAUAUAUUACUUGUAUCACCUUUAAAUCAUACUAUAUUACCGGAUAUCAAAUUGGCUGAUUUUGGAUUUGCUAAAAUCUUGCCCAAGACAUGUUUAGCGAAUUCAGUUUGCGGUUCACCACUUUAUAUGGCACCUGAAAUACUGAAUAGACAACACUAUGAUGCAAAAGUAGAUUUAUGGAGUUUAGGGGUUGUCAUCUAUGAACUUAUGUUUGGACAUACAUUAUUUCCUGCUAGUACACAUGUUGAACUUUAUGAUAUGGUACAACGUUAUGACGAUCAAAUCAAUUUUGUUGAAACAAUGCAUGUAUUUAGUAUUGAAUUAAAGGAUCUAGUUAAAGUGUUAUUAAAAAAGAAUCCAGUCGAAAGAGCCUCUUGUGAAGCAUUUUGCCAUUAUGUUCAUCUUAUCCUCAAGAAAGAUGAAUUAAGAGAAGCAGCAACAGAAGAGAUGUUAGCGAUAAAGGAAAAUGAUCCAAUUAAUGUAGAAGAUGAAUAUGUAGUGAUAGAAUCAGGACUAUCACCACCAUCACUAUCACAACCACCAUCAUCAUCAUCAUCAUCACUACCGUUGUCAGGGGCACCCUUCACGAUGCAUCGAAGUCACUCAAUGGAUCAGCCUAGAGGAGAUCAUCAUUCGAUCAAAGUCAAUAGAUCAAAUAGUAGUACAAGUUCUUCAAAUGGAUCCAUCUUAACGAGAGCUAUCUCCAUGGCUUCUCUCAAAUUAUUUGGUGGUACUAGUCAUGAUAAAUCUUCAUCCUCACUUCCUUCUUCUUCAUCAUCUACUAUAUUUGAAGAAAGAAUGAAUACACCACCCUUACAGACAGAAGAAGAUGAAAUGAUGAUGAUGAAACCACCAUUUGAAGUGAUGAAUAUAUUUGCAGGAAAUGAAUUAAAAAAGCUGAUGGAUGUGAGUAAAGUAGUGAUGAAUUUUGCAGAUGAGAAAUAUAAAGAACAUAAACAACAUCCUCUAGAUAAAGUCUUUACAGAGGAAGCCUAUUUAGUUACUUUAAAAACUAUUUUUUUAUUAAAAAGAAUUUUGGAAUUUAUUGAACUGCAACAACAACAGAGAUCAUUAAAAGAAGCGGCCUUUUUAGAUUGGAUAAAUAGAAAAUUAUAUCUUUAUACGAAUCGAAGUUCAAUAUUAAGCUAUUCUGUAGAAACUAAUUUUUGUAUUAUUGAAAAGAUACUAUAUGAUAAAGCAAUAGACAUGAGUCGAGCUGCGGCUGUAAAUCAACUUAUUGGUGAAGAUUUAUAUCAUUGUAAAAUCAAAUAUCAAGAAUCUAUAUUAUUAUUAGAAGCCAUAUUGAUUGUACCUGAUGAAACAACCAUUUCUGUAGAAGAUCGUUUUAUUAUUCAAGAUUUAAUUGAAUCUCUUCAAAAACGAUAUGAAAAAGUAGUUCAGCAAACCUAACCAAAUGUACAUGUGUAUAAGUUUCAUAAUACCCUAUUUUGCUUUUUUUUUUCCUGUUUAUAUAUCACAAAAAAAAAUAAUAGUCAUAAAGUGGUGUAUAUAUGUAUAUAUUUAUUUAUUUAUAUACAUGUGUGUGUGUAC